CAUCACUAACUGAAGACGGCAGGUAGGUGGAUGCCGCCGUUGCCUGGAAAAAACCACCCCUAAAGGAAGUCACGUUUAGGUAGGCAGGCGUUGGGAAUUAUGGAACCUAGACAGCUGGCGGAAUUGCAUUUAUUUGGCAGUGUUUAAAAUGCGCUGCGACUGCCAACAGCUAAACAAGAACGGCAACAGCAGCACUCCAAUUUCCAAGCCAGCCCACAGAUGACAACAGCAACAAUAGCAGAGCAAUCAUCAGAGCCGGGCCGACCCCCUUCGCUGCUGCAGUUGAACGAUGACGUUUUGGCCUUGAUACUGACCCAGUUGAGUGUGUAUCAACAGUUUCAGCUGACACACAUGCACAGUCGCCUGCGGAACAUUGUCCAAACGCUGUGGCGCACGCGCGUCCACAAUGUUGUGCUGCACGAUGAGCAGCUGUGCCGGGCCACGUCGCGACAAUUUCAGAGAUUCAUGUUGGCCCUGGCGCCACAUCUGGAGCGGCUCAGUUGCCAGCAGCUGGAUGUGCGAAGAUUGCGUAUGCUCAGUGGACACUGUUUGCCGGGCGUGAGUAGCCUCGAGUGGUUGGGCAGCGAAGCGCAGCCGCGACGUGGACGUGUCCGUUUUGUGGAUGAGGAUGUGCGUCUGUUGAGGCGCGUCUUUCCAUCGCUGCGCAAACUGAAGCUGCGCGGCUGCCAGGUGACGGGCAAGUAUCUGUGUGAGCUGGAGCUGCUCAGUGAGCUGUGCCUGGACGAGUGUCAGUAUCUGGAGUCGCAGCACUUUCGCGACAUAUUCCGUCAGCUGAAGCUGCGCACAUUUGACAUAAUGGAGGAUUGCGAUGAGGUGAACUGCUGUGAUCUGGUCGACGUGCAGCUGUGUCCUACGCUCGAGCACAUCAAGAUUGCCGACUAUCAUCUGUGCAUGGAGUCGGACAUAACGCAACAGCUGCUCCGAUUGCCCCGGCUGCACAAGCUAUCCAUCUACUCGAAGAACUUUGUGUUCGAUGUGCUGGCGCGCAUAGCGCGGCCCAGCAGCCCAGCCACAGCUGGCGGCACCAAGCAAAUCGAGGGCUUCUCUUUCAGUGGACUACUCCACGACUAUGAGCGCUUCUUUCGCGAGCUAAGCAAUCUGCGACAGUUGCGCCGCCUGGAGGUGCACGGCCAGUCGAAGGAUGAGGGCCAGCUGCAGUGCCUCAGCGAUCAGAUGCUCUCGCAGUUGGCCGUCCAGCUGCCAGAGCUGUGCGAGCUGCACCUGUGUGGCCAUCAGCUGGAGAGCCCGGCUGGUCUGUUGCAAUUCAUUAGCAACUGUCGCCAGCUGCGCAUCUUGGACAUGACGAGAUCACGUUGCGUUGGUGAAGCGUUCAUCACACGCUGUCUGACGGCGCUGUCCAAGCAAAGCUGGCGCACUCAGCCACUGGAAUUGUGGAUCCGACAGAGUGACAUUAAUCCCAGCUGUGUGCAAAACCCGCGAUACUUGAUCAGUGAGAGAUGGCUGAGAAUUGAUACCAAAAAGAUGACGCCCAAUAUGGAUUAUGUGUCCGGUGUGCUCAAAUUUAGCUUUGUAAGAUUGUAAUUGAUGACCUGCCCCAAACUGUGCCUAACCCAACAACAUUAUUAUUAAUUAGCCCUGUAUUAUAAUCGAAUUAAAAACAAAUCGCCUAAGCACUGAAUUAAAUAUGAAAAUUUAAAUUUCACU